ACGGCAGGUGUUUAAUUGUCAGACGGCCCCUGAGAAGGUGGGAGUUUCUCUUGUUUCUUGGUGUUGAAGGGAGAGAAAAAAUAUCAGCACCCAUCACCGGCAGACACCAGCGAUCCGGAAGCUUUCUGAGGGUAAUAAUCCAGCGUUGAUGGCGCAGUUGCAGCUGCUAGUGACCAGAGCGCCCUCUGCGGAGGGCGCGGCUGCAGAGCCGGACGCUCUGAGCUUCCUGGAUUCUUUCGGGGACGAAAACGGCACCGCGGAGAGAUGCUACCGGUCGCACUCCCGCAGCAGCGUCCUCCAGGGUCUGCCGUUUGGAGGCGUGCCCACGGUCCUCGCCAUCAACGUCGUGCUCUGGAUGUUCCUGCUGCUGGUCUUCUCGUGUCUGAGGAAGGCUGCAUGGGACUAUGGUCGCCUAGCUCUGCUGAUGGAGAACGACAGUCUCACCUCCCUGUUUUAUGGAGAACCAAAUGAGAAAGAGAAGUCUCCGUCAGAGUCCAGCCCCUCCGACUCUGAGACCAAGGACAUGGGCUUCUGCUCAUGGCUCUCGUACCUUUACCACAUGAAGGAUGAGGAGAUCCGUAGCAAAUGCGGCAUCGACGCCGUUACGUACCUGUCUUUCCAGCGCCACAUCAUCCUGCUCAUGACCGUGGUUUGCCUGCUCUCUCUGGCCAUCAUACUGCCGGUCAACUUUUCUGGGAACCUCCUGGGAGACAGUCCUGAAAACUUUGGGAGAACAACACUGGCUAAUGUUAGUGCAAAGGACGGCUUUCUGUGGCUCCACAGUGUCUUGGCUCUGGUCUACUUCAUCAUCACGUCGCUGUGCAUGGCUCACCACCUGGUACGGCUGGAGUACCAAGAAGACGAGAAGGUAGCCAGGACACUAAUGAUUACCUCCAUACCGAGAGAGAUCUCUGACCCCGGACUCAUCACCAAACACUUCCAUGAGGCCUACCCCAGCUGUACUGUCACGGAUAUCCGAUUCUGCUUCGAUGUCCACAAGCUGAUGAGGCUGGACGCAGAAAGACGCAAGGCAAUGAAAGGCCGGCUGUAUUUCGCCGCAAAGGCCCAAAAGGAGGGGAAGAUCAUGAUCAAGACCCAUCCAUGUGCUCAGAUAUUCUGCUGCGACGCGUGUGGCUUUGAAAAGGUGGACGCGGAACAGUACUACAGCGAGUUGGAGGAGAAGCGCACGGACGAGUUCAAUGCCGAGAAGAACCGCAUCACCAUGAAGAGGCUCGGCAUUGCCUUCGUGACCUUUCGCGACGACCGGAUGACGGCUGUCAUUGUGAAGGACUACGGCUGCGUGCGCUGCCGUCGCAGACCCCAGCAGUCCAGCAUCACCACGGUGGUGCACUCGCAACGAUGGGAGGUCGACUACGCACCUGCUCCCAGUGACAUCAUAUGGGAAAACCUGUCGGUGUGCGGGUCUCGCUGGUGGCUCCGGUGUGUCCUCCUCAACAUCCUCCUCUUCCUGCUGCUCUUCUUCCUCACCACUCCCGCCAUCAUCGUCAACACGAUGGACAAGUUCAACGUCACGCGGCCCGUGGACAGUCUGCAGAGCCCGAUCAUUACCCAGUUCUUCCCGACCCUUCUGCUGUGGGCGUUUUCGGUACUCCUGCCCUUCAUCGUCUACUACUCCGCCUUCUUUGAGUCCCACUGGACCAGAUCGGGCGAGAACCAAGUAACGAUGCACAAGUGUUUUUUCCUGCUGGUCUUCAUGGUCAUCAUCCUGCCCUCGCUUGGUCUGUCCAGUCUGGACCUGUUCUUCACGUGGCUCUUUGAUGUCAACUUCUUGAAUGAAAAGGAGGUCAAAUUCCAGUGCGUUUUUCUUCCCGACAACGGUGCAUUCUUUGUGAACUACGUGAUCACGUCGAGUCUGAUCGGCACGUCCAUGGAGCUGCUUCGCAUCCCGGCGCUGACCGUGUAUGCCCUCCGCCUUUGCUUCGCCAAGUCCCAGGCGGAGCGGAUCCACGUCAAACGGAGCCAGGCUUACGAGUUCCAGUUCGGUCUGGAGUACGCCUGGACCAUGUGCAUCUUUGCGGUCAGCAUGACCUACAGCAUCACGUGUCCCAUCAUCACGCCCUUCGGUCUGCUCUAUGUGAUCCUGAAGCACAUGGUCGACCGAUACAACAUCUACUAUGCGUACGUUCCCACUAAGCUCAGCCAGCGGAUCCACAAAGCGGCCAUCAGCCAGGUCAUCCUGGCCCCCAUCCUGUGCAUCUUCUGGCUGCUCUUCUUCUCAAUGCUCAGAUUAGGUCCAGUGCAUCCCAUCACCCUCUUCACCUUAGUGUCCCUGCUCUCCUGCAUAGCGUUUUCCCUGUUUCGCUUGUGCCUGAGGAAGCAGCCGGACAAGUCAACCAGCUACCAGAUGAGUGAUCAGCCAGCCGAGGGGACGUUCACCGACGCAGACAGGACUACUGUAACAUCCACCACUGCCUCCAGUCUGUUUGUGGCCUCGGUGCUGCUGGAGCCGGAGCUGGCUCUGACUCCCAUGCCGUCGCCGGCCCACCACACCUACGGCGCCAUGGCCAGAUCCCAGAGCUUGAGCCACGGCGCGCCGGAGGAGGAGGAGGAAGGCGGCGAGUGUGAGGGGGGGGGGGCGCGCCCAGACCCGCGAGACUGAACUCCAAGACCCCGCCGACCUCUACUGCUCCAGCCCGCUCAUGGACAGCCCCGUGGGCUUCCAGUAACACCAACAAAAAACAACAACCACAAAGCUGAUUCCACACGCCGCUCACCCCCCCCCCGGGGGGGAGGGGAGGGGAGGGGGGGCACAGAUUGCUAAACGCUGCAAUGCUGCAUUUUCGCUUUUCGACCUCAGACCCUGAGACCAGAGCUGGCUUGAUGAAGAACCUGAAGAUGAAAGAAUGCACUAUUUAUACCUAGACAGCGACCUACUAAAACAUUAAAAAAAAAUAAUAAUAAUAAAUCACGGACGAUGCCUCCCUUGAUGUACAGAUUAUUUCAGUUAAACUACGGGAUGCUGCUGUCUCCACACCGGGCCGCUUGGCAAUGGGCGGAGGGGAAAGUUCCCGCCAUGGUGGGUGGUGUGAGCCGAGCGACAGAGGGGUGAUAUCUGGUUCCUCGGACGCAGCGCUCGGGGAGGCUGAAGGAGGGG